UAUCGGUGUCAACGCUGCGAUAAAACCUUCCAGCGAGCGUACAGUCUCAAAAGACAUCAAAGAAUUCAUACAGGAGAGAAACCGUACACGUGUAAUAUCUGUCAAAAGUCAUUUACGCAAUCUUUCCAUUUGAAAAUCCAUAAGCGUAUUCACAAUGGCGAUUUACGAUAUACUUGUGAUAUAUGCGGGAAAAAAUUUAUUCAAAACAAUGAUCUUAAGAAACAUCGAAGAACUCAUACAGGAGAAAAACCUUAUCGUUGUAAAACUUGCUCAAAAUGUUUUACGGAUUCAAGUCAGCUUAGGAAACAUGAACGUGUCCAUUCCGGACAUAAACCGUAUUCUUGCGAUCUUUGCGGUAAGUCAUUUUCGCAAUCAGGCACCCUAAUGAAACAUAAGAAUAUUCAUAAAAAAAUUUUACAGUGUACAGAGUGUAUUGUACUUAUUACCAAACGCCUUGGUACCCGUAGUUCUGGUACUAAUAUUACUGGAACUCAUUAUUGUAAAAUCUGCAAUAAAGCUUUUGAUCGUUAUCACUGCCUAACUCGUCAUAUGAGGAUUCAUACUGGUGAAAGACCUUACAAGUGUGAUAUUUGCACAAAAGCUUUCACCCAACCUUAUCAUUUGACUAUCCAUAGAAGAAUUCAUACUGGAGAUCUGAGACAUAAAUGUGAUGUUUGCAACAAAAGAUUCGUGCAAGCCAAUGACCUGAAAAAGCAUUAUAGGAUACACUCAGGUGAAAAGCCGUAUUCAUGUUCUGAUUGCGGUAAACGAUUUACAGACUCCAGUCAACUAAGAAAACAUGAACGAAUUCAUUCCGGAGAGAAGCCGUAUAAGUGUUUAGUGUGCGGUAAAUCAUUUACUCAGUCGGGAGCUUUAACUAAGCAUAAAAUAAUACAUAGAAAUGCCACGAAUUACAAUAAAACGUACCGCUGUAAUAUAUGUCUUAAGGUUUUCACACGAUCCUACAGUUUAACGCGUCAUAAAAGAAUCCAUACUCGUGAAAGGCCCUACAAGUGUUCAACGUGUGGAAAAUCCUUUUCUCAGAGUUAUCAUCUUAAAAUCCACUUCAGAAUUCAUUCAAGAGAUGCCGAAAAUCCAUAA